AUGAAGUUUGACUCAAAGUUAGCAGAAAAUCAGAAUCUUAAACAGUCUUUCAUAAACUGCUCUGCGUCAGAAGAAUCUCCUGUGAUUGUAUUUGUCUCCAAGAUGCUCCCAGUCGACAAGAAAAUGCUCCCCCAAAACAAACAAAGACCUUUAACAGAAGCUGAGAUCGCAGAAAGACGAAGAAAAGCUAAAGAGAAAAUUGCAGAAAGAGCAGCAGCUAAGAGCCAAGGGCAGACAACUGAGGCAGUCACUCAGGAAGGGGAGACUAAUGAAGUACUAAACCCCCUUCCUGAGGAUGAGCCAGAAAGUAAAGAUAAGGAGACAGACUUUGUGUUUGUAGCGUUUGCUCGGGUAUUUAGUGGCACCAUCAGAAAGGGACAGAAGCUGUAUGUACUGGGGCCCAAACAUGAUCCAGCCCUGAUUUCUAAAAAGAUUAACAGUGGUGAGGGUAUAAAAGAAGUGAAUAGCAUUCAGGAGUUGUCACAUGAUGAUCAUGCGACCUGUGUCACUAUCAAGGAUCUCUUUGUAUUCAUGGGGAGGGAGUUGGAAGGGAUGGACCACAUUCCAGCAGGGAACAUACUGGGUAUUGGAGGUUUGGAGGACCACAUCCUGAAAUCAGCUAUGUUACAACGCGAAAUGUAA